AUGCGCAGCUUUGUUCGUUGCUUUCGGGUGGCUUGGCUUCUGCUGAACAAUUGGUACAAGCCACAGGUGAUCAACCAAACCAGUCUCUUGGACAAGUGGCCACCGCCAAAGAAAUACAGUCAUGAAGACUGGUUGGGUUGGACGCAAGCAGAUCAGGCCACCAACCUGCAGAUCCAAGAGUAUUGCCAGGCCAUGCGCAGCGGCCUGCGGGAGUCUUUGAGCUCGGCAGCUGCGGAGGAUUUUCGAAACUCCCAAGAUCCCGUGGAUCGUUUGCUUUGGCGGAUUCGGAGUGAGGAAAGCAAAGCCUUCAAAGAGUGCCUUGCCUUGGAUUUCAGACGGCUUAGGCGCCCACUCCAAGCAAUGUGGUUCCUGUGUGUGCUGGUCCAAGUGAUGGCAGUUUGCGGCGGAUGGCCGAGAAGCAAAGGCUAUGGGCGCUAUGGGGCACAUAGCCAAGGCCACUCCCAGGGACAUGGGUCUUGGGGCUGGCGCUCUGGUGGGCAAUUCUCUUCAGCCUCUUCUAUGCAAGAAACUUUGACCAUGUGCUUGGCUGAGCGUCUUCUCUCCAAAGACAGAGCAAAGAGAAGGCCUUCCCGUAGCCCUUCCCCUUUGUCUUCAGAUGGCUCCGACAAAUGCAGGGGAAAAACAGCCCGCAGCUCAGCGCUGUCCUCUACUGAGCGGGCCGAACUGUCAGAGCUCAGGGAGUUCAAAGCCAAGCAUGACGCUGAGUUGGCUGCAAAGCACACCAUAGAACUAACUGAAAAAAUGGAGCAGUCUCGGCAAAAAGAGCUUGCAGACUUGGAAGAGCGAAUUCUGCAGGCAAUCCCUAGGCCUUCUGUGGGCAGCCAGCCGUCCUCAUCGGCGACUUCAUCGCCCAAACAGAAAAAGCUCGUUGAGGCUCUCCUAGAAGAUACCAUUGCCCUCAGCGACAGCUUUUCUUGGACAGAAGUGGAAAGCAAAGUUGGGGACCUGAAGUCCGAAGAGCUGAAAGACUUGAUGGCCCUUCGCAAGCUCGCCCCCAUCCCUCGUGGCAAGGCAGCACGUGUCACAGCAGUUGUGGCAUUCUUGAAGAACCAGUGCAGGGCUUGA